CUUGGAAUCAUAUACGUAUAGUGCCCCAACUCCCACAGUUAAAAACACAUCACUAGGGCCAUCCAUUGCUUGUGCUGAGAAACAACAACUAUAUUGGUUUUGGUGUAUCUAUCUAUUUGGUUAAAUGGAUACAUUGUUUAGGCUAGUCAAUUUCCAACAACAACAACAUCAUCAAUAUCAACCCGAUCCUUCCCUCAACUCCACCACCACCUUAACAACAUCAAGCAGCUCUAGAUCCUCAAGACAAACAACAACAACAACAAAUUAUCAUUAUUACCAACAUCAAGAAGAAGACGAAGAAUGCUUCAACAACUUUUAUUACAUGGAUCAUAACAAUACCAAUGAUGAAGACUUAUCUUCGUCUUCUUCUAAACAACACUACUACAAUUAUCCUUAUGAUCAACCUCAUCAUCAUCAUGUAUCCACUACUACAAUCACUACUUCUUCUCCAAACACAAAUUUUAAUACUAUUAACACCCCCACCACCACAGAUAUUAAUUACUCAUUCUCACCCACUCAAGAUUACUUCAACUUUGAAUUCUCCUCCGGUAGCUCAUGGUCGCAAAACAUUCUCCUUGAAACCGCACGUGCCAUUUCCGACAACAACACAAACCGAAUCCAACAACUCAUGUGGAUGCUCAACGAGCUUAGUUCACCUUACGGCGAUACUGAUCAAAAACUUUCAGCUUAUUUCCUCCAAGCUUUAUUUAGCCGCAUGAACGACGCAGGUGACAGAACCUACAAAACAUUAACAUUCGCGUCCGAGAAAACAUGUUCCUUCGAUUCAACGAGGAAGAUGUUGUUGAAGUUCCAAGAAGUUAGUCCAUGGACAACGUUUGGACACGUGGCAUCCAAUGGUGCUAUCUUAGAAGCAUUAGAAGGUAACCCUAAACUUCACAUAAUUGAUAUAAGCAACACCUAUUGCACUCAAUGGCCAACGCUUCUCGAAGCGUUGGCCACUCGCUCCGACGAUACACCGCACCUCCGUUUAACCACUGUAGUCACAGCCGUCAACGGUGGCUCCGUUCAAAAAGUCAUGAAGGAAAUCGGAGCAAGGAUGGAGAAAUUCGCGAGGCUCAUGGGAGUUCCGUUUAAAUUCAAAAUCAUUUUCAGUGAUCUAAGGGAGUUGAAUUUAAGAGAGUUAGAUAUUAAAGAGGAUGAAGCUUUGGCUAUAAAUUGUGUUAACUCUUUGCAUUCAAUUUCCGGCGCGGGGAACCACCGUGACGGUUUGAUUAACUUUCUUCGUGGAUUAGAGCCUAGGGUUAUGACGGUGGUCGAAGAGGAAGCAGAUUUAGAACAUUGUUUUGGCUCAGAUUUCGUGGAAGGUUUCGGAGAGUGUUUGAGAUGGUUUAGGGUUUAUUUCGAAGCACUUGAAGAGAGUUUUUCGAGAACGAGUUGUGAGAGGUUGAUGCUUGAAAGAGAAGCAGGUAGAGGUAUUGUUGAUUUGGUUGCUUGUGAUCCUUUUGAGUCAGUGGAGAGACGCGAAACGGCGUCGCGAUGGAGGAGGCGUUUGCAAUGUGGAGGGUUUAGUACGGCGUCGUUUAGUGAUGAGGUUUGUGAUGAUGUGAGAGCGUUGUUGAGGAGGUAUAGAGAAGGGUGGUCGAUGACACCGUGCUCCGCCGCCGAUGACGGAAUAUUUUUGUCGUGGAAGGAUAAGCCGGUGGUGUGGGCCAGUGUAUGGAGGCCUUGACGUAUGGAAGGUACGGUGACUGUGACGUCGUGGGUGACUCGCACGUGUUCUAUGUUUUUUUGGCACGUGCGUUUGGAAUUAAUUAGUUGAGAGAUAAUUUUCAGUGUUAUAUUAUAUAUAUACUAUGGGUUCCUUUUUCUUUUUCUUUGGUUGAAAUAUAUAAGUUUGGUAAUUAAUUUAGGGGAAGAUAAAGGGAAUGAUUAAAAGGAUUUGCUUGUAUUAAAAAGGAAUUUAACGAGGUAAAUUAUUUUUUGGUAA